UUUAAGCCACAGUCCUCAACUUCGCAUUCAGUUUGACUGAAAUUGUGGAAAAUGGCGCAUCGUUUGAUUUUCUUGUCCAUUUUGUGUGGGCAUCUUUUGUAUUCGGGGAAUUGUUCGGCACCUAUUGAAAGUAGUGCCACUGUAGCGCCAUGCGCCACCUAUCUUUGCGACGAUGAUUUGUUGAAGAGCGCGGUCAAUAAGGUGGAGUUGUUGAGCCUCAAACUUGAGAGUUAUAAUCUGCAUAUUCAAAGCGACUUAAUGGCAAUAAAGGAGCAGCUUCUUCGUGAAAUAAAGAAGAAACAGGAAUCUGUGCCACCUGCAACCAAGAAAUCAUCUUCUUGUACCGAAGCGAUGCGUCAAGAAAACGGAAAAUAUGCAGAGAGUGGUGCUUAUGAACUUCAUCUGCCUGAAUUUCUUCAACAGCCUUUCAAUGUUUAUUGCCUACGCGAUCCCAAUGGCGGUGAACCAUGGACUAUAUUCGGCGACUUGAAUGCCAAUUUCUUUCUCGGCUUGGAUAAAAUACAUGCAUUGACUCAUUCGCGAUCACAUGAGCUUUGGUUUCAAUUGGAGGAUUUUGAAAACGAGAAACGUGUUGCUAAGUACGAGAGUUUCGCUAUAGGCAACGCUGAAGACAAGUAUAAGUUAAUUGCACUUGGGAAAUAUUCAGGCACGGCCGGAGACGCGUUUUCGCCCCAUCUCGGGGACAAAUUCACCACUAAAGAUAGUGAUAAUGACAAAAUUAGUAGUAAUAACUGUGCAGUACUACAUGAAGGCGCUUGGUGGUAUAACGACUGUUAUUACAGCAGUCUGAACGGUUUAUAUUUAGGAGGAGAAUAUCCAAAAAGUCAUAAAGGCAGAGGCGUAGUGUGGAGUCACUGGCGUGGACUUUAUUACUCCCUCAAAUAUGUACAUAUGGCUAUAAGACCGAAGUAUUAUCACUGAGAUGAUGGUUUGCUUUUGAAAGCUUUUGCCUCCUGAAGCCUAAGGUCUAAAAUGUUAAACGUUACCGACGUUAAAGCUGUUGAAACAAAUUUAACUUAGCAUGAUGUUUUAUAAAACUUUGCUUAUUUUAUUUAGUAACAAAUAAUGCAUUAUUUGAAAAAAUCUGUUUAUUUUAUUUCUAAAAACAAUAUAGAAAACUAUCGUUUCAUAAUAU